AUGGACACCCCCCGUGGAGGCAACGGUCCUUAUGGUUAUAGACCUUAUGGUUAUAAUCCUUAUGGAGUCAUCGCGAGGCCAAAGAAGUAUAUAAACCCUGCUGACCUGCCUGAACCGUUUCCUAGACCGAGUACACCACCCACCCCAGAAUCUGAACAGCAGCAACCCGUACAGGAUCCACCGCAGCUUGUCCUGAACCCCUCUCCGUCCAGAAGCUACACCAUGAUUCUCAGCGUGGCAAAAGUCAAGUCCGUCUUGAGCGGCGACAGUCUUGUUCUGACCUCGAUCGAAAACCCCAACAGCGAGCGAGUCCUCUCAUUGGCUUACUGCACAUCUCCACAUCUCAGGAAGGAGGGCGAUGAACAGUGGGCUUUCGAAGCGCGCGAUGCUUUGCGGAAGUUGGUGGUUGGGAAGCACGUCCAAUUCCAGAUACUUUACGUAGUUCCGAACUCGAAGCGCGAAUAUGGCAACGUCUUUUUGAAUGAUGGGCGUAAUAUCUCCGAGGCCAUGGUUGAGGAGGGAUGGCUGAAGCUGAGGGAGGACGCAGGCCGAAAGGACGAAUCGGAGGAGAUUAUUCAACACCUGGAUAAACUUCGAUUGCUUGAGGCAACAGCUCGCAGCGAGGACAAGGGCUUGUGGCAAUCCGGUGGUGAGCGCAUCAAUGUUCAGCAUGACAUGGGCGACCCACAAAGCUUCUUGGAAAAGUGGAAGGGCCAAUCUUUAACUGGGAUUGUUGAGCGCGUAUUGAGUGGCGACCGUAUGCUUGUACGCUUGAUUACCAGCCCAACAGAACAUAUUCAAGUUAUGACUUUGAUUGCUGGAAUACGUGCACCUACUACCGACCGGGUCAACCCUUCCACUGGACAAGUACAGCCUGCGGAGGAACUCGGGAACGAAGCUCGCCGCUUUGUCGAGGACAGAUUGUUGCAGCGUAACGUAAAAGUCGAGAUCCUAGGCCUCAGUCCCCAGAAUCAACUUGUCGGCGCUGUUAUGCAUCCUAGAGGCUCGAUUGCAAAGUUCCUUCUGGAAGACGGCCUUGCGAAAUGUACCGAUCAUCAUUCUACUCUUCUUGGCCCGGAAAUGCGUACUCUGCGUGAAGCCGAGAAGGCUGCACAGGCGGCAAAGAAAGGUCUCUUCAAAGAUCAUGUUGCAAAGCCGGCAGCUCAAGGAGGAAACCUCGACGUGCAAGUUACGAGAGUCUUUAGUGCAGAUGUUGUAUUUGUCCAGAAUAGAACAGGGGUUGAAAAGCGAGUCAAUAUCAGCAGUGUCCGCGGCCCUCGUUCCUCGGAACAGAGUGAAGUUCCGUUCCGGGAUGAGGCAAAGGAAUUCUUGCGGAAGAAACUCAUCGGCAAACGUGUACGCCUGACUACUGAUGGCACCCGACCUGCAACUGAAGGCUUUGAUGCUAAGGAGGUCGUCUCAAUUACUCUCAACGACAAGAACAUAAAUCUACUUCUGGUUCAGGAAGGAUGGUGUUCAGUAAUUCGCCAUCGCCGAGAUGACACCGAUCGAGCUCCGAACUACGACGAAUUAUUACUUGCCCAGGAAAAGGCUAAGGAAGAGAAGAAGGGCAUGUGGUCCGGAAAGCCUACCAAAGCCAAACAAUACAUCGAUGCUUCCGAAUCCGUUCAAAAGGCCAAGAUGCAGGUAGCCACAUUACAGCGCCAAAAGAAGAUUCCUGCGGUGGUUGAUUUCGUUAAGGGUGGUUCAAGAUUCGUUGUUUUGGUCCCGCGAGAGAAUAUCAAGCUAAAUUUUGUCCUGGGCGGCAUUCGAGCACCUAAGUCUGCCAGAAAUCCCAAUGAUAAAGCAGAGCCUUUCGGUCAAGAAGCCCAUGAUCUUGCUACUAAACGACUAACCCAACGAGACGUUGAAAUCGAUGUAUUCAACAUUGACAAGGUUGGCGGAUUCAUUGGUGCGCUCUACAUCAACAAGGAAUCUUUUGCCAAGGUUCUCGUCGAAGAGGGCCUUGCUACUGUCCACGGUUAUUCCGCAGAGCAAUCUGGAAACUCGAACGAAUUGCAAGCUGCUGAGAAGAGAGCCAAAGAUGCGAGGAAGUCCCUCUGGGCCGACUGGGAUCCGUCUAUGGAUGAGCCACAAGAGCAAGAAGUUACCAAAGGCGCCGAUGACUCCGCUCCUGUUAGCCGAGAGAAAGAUUACCGCGACGUAGUGAUCACCAACAUAGAUGAAAGCGGCAAGGUCAAGUUACAGAUCAUUGGCACUGGUACAUCAGCGCUUGAGACCAUGAUGACCAAAUUCAAAUCGUUCCACAUGAAUCCAUCAAAUGCAUCUGGCCUUCCUGGCCCCCCCAAGGCCGGUGAGUAUGUUGCAGCUAAGUUCAGUGAGGAUGGCCAGUGGUAUCGUGCUCGCAUCCGUGCCAAUGACCGGACCGCGAAGGAGGCAGAAAUUGUCUACGUUGACUAUGGCAACAGCGAAAAGAUGCCUUGGUCUCGUCUUCGCCCUCUAUCCCAAGCGGAAUUCUCACCUCAGAAGCUCCGACCUCAGGCAGUUGAUGCAGUGCUCUCACUUCUUCAACUCCCUACCAGCAAAGAUUACCUGGCAGAUGCCAUCGACUACAUCACCCACGCCACAGCCAACAAGGAACUGGUUGCAAAUGUCGAUUACACUGCUCCAGAAGGCACGCUCUACGUGACGCUUUAUGACCACAAGACGAGCGAGAAUCUAACCGACAGUAUCAACAAGGAUAUCAUCAGUGAAGGUCAUGCGAUGGUCCCAAAGAAGUUGAAGAACUGGGAGCGCGGUUUUGGUGAUGUUCUGAAGACUCUUCGGGAGAAGCAGGAAGAGGCUAAGACUCAACGCCUUGGAAUGUGGGAGUACGGCGAUUUGACUGAGGACGACUAG